UGCCCCAGGAUGGAAGGAGAAUCUUACCACAAUGCAACCACGGCCAGUGGCACCCCGGGAGAAGACCGGCCUUCAGAACCCCGGGGGCUGUGGGAAGUCGUCACCAUCGCCGCAGUGACGGCUGCAGUCAGCCUGAUUACUGUCAUCGGCAACGUCUUGGUCAUGAUCUCCUUCAAAGUCAACAGUCAGCUGAAGACAGUUAACAACUAUUACCUGCUCAGCUUGGCGUGUGCAGACCUCAUCAUUGGGGUCUUCUCCAUGAACCUCUACACCACCUACAUCCUCAUGGGACGCUGGGUUCUCGGCAGUCUGGCCUGCGACCUUUGGCUGGCCCUGGACUACGUGGCCAGCAAUGCUUCUGUCAUGAACCUGCUAGUAAUAAGUUUUGACCGAUACUUUUCUAUCACAAGACCCCUGACGUACCGGGCCAAGCGCACCCCAAAGAGGGCUGGCACCAUGAUCGGCCUGGCCUGGCUCAUCUCCUUCCUCCUCUGGGCCCCAGUAAUCCUCUGCUGGCAGUACCUGGUUGGGAAGCGGACGGUGCCACCAGACCAAUGUCAGAUCCAGUUCCUCUCCGAGCCCACCAUCACAUUUGGCACAGCCAUUGCGGCGUUCUAUAUCCCUGUUUCCGUCAUGACUAUCCUCUACUGCCGAAUCUACCGGGAGACGGAGAAGCGAACCAAGGACCUGGCUGACCUCCAGGGCUCUGAUUCUGCAGGCCAGUCUGAGAAGAGGAAGCCGGCCCCCAGGGGUCUGCUCCCGAGCUGCUGUGGUGGCCCAGGGCCCACCCCGGCCCAGAGAGGGAGGAGCCGGGCCUCCUGGUCACCCUCCCGCAGGAGCUCCUCCACCGCAGCGAAGCCAUCCCAAGCCCCUGGCCCAGGCACUCACUGGGCCAGAACCGAGCAGCCGACGAGCUGCAGUAGCUACGCCUCCGAGGAGGAGCAGGACAAGCCGCCCGCUCACCCUGUCUUCCAAGUGGUCUACAAGAGCCAGGCCAAGGAAAGCCCAGGGGAAGAAUUUGGUGCUGAAGAAGAGACCAAAGAAACGAGAGCUCAAACUGAAAACAGUGACUGCCACACCCCAAAAUACUUCCUGUCCACAGCAGCAACUCACAGACUCAACAAUCAGAAAUGCAUCGCCUAUAAGUUCCGGUUGGUGGUGAAGGCUGAUGGGACCCAGGAGACCAACAAUGGCUGUCGCAAGGUAAAAAUCAUGCCUUGCUCCUUGCCAAGGCCCAAGCACGCUUCGGCCAAAGGCCUGGAACCCAACCUCAGCCAUCAAAUGACCAAAAGGAAGAGAAUGGUCCUUGUCAAAGAGAGGAAAGCAGCCCAGACCUUGAGUGCCAUCCUCCUGGCCUUCAUCCUCACAUGGACCCCGUACAACAUCAUGGUUCUGGUGUCUACGUUCUGUGACAAGUGCGUCCCCUCCGCCCUGUGGCACCUGGGUUACUGGCUGUGCUAUGUCAACAGCACAGUCAACCCCGUCUGCUACGCACUCUGCAACCAAACCUUCAGGAAGACCUUCAAGAUGCUGCUUCUCUGCCGCUGGAAACAGAACAAGGGAGAAGAAAAGCUGUACUGGCAAGGGAACAGCAAGCUACCCUGA